UCGCCAUAUCAACGAGACGCAAACGGAACAAGCACCCGGAAGUGGGAUCAGCUGAGUUUCUUCUUCUUCUCUGUUCUCAUCUUUAAAGGAUUGAACGUGUCUGUGAAGAAGGAUCAGCUGAGGUUUCAUCUUCUUCUCUUGAAGGAUUGAACGUGUCUGUGAAGAAGGAUCAGCUGAGGUUUCAUCUUCAUCUCUUGAAGGAUUGAACGUGUCUGUGAAGAAGGAUCAGCUGAGGCUUGACCCUGUCUGAAGAAGAUGCCUCUGCUGGUGUCCGAUCACUCGUGGACUCAGACGGACUUGACUGUUCAUAUCCACGUUCCUCUGAAAGGAGCCCGAGCUGAGAGGGUGGACAUCGUCUCCACAGACGAGUACAUCAAGGUGCAUUACCCCCCCUAUCUGUUUGAGGCCUUCCUGCUGGAACCUGUGGACGAUGACAGGAGCUCAGCGAAGGUGGGAAACGGGGUCGCGAUCUUCAACUUGAUGAAGAGAAACAAGAAGGUUUGGAAUCAUCUGACAAUAAACACAGAUGAUAAAGCCCUAAAGAAGGAGAUCAGGGAACGAGCUCUGUUGAAAUACCAGGAGAAGCUUUCCUCAGAGUCCAGAUCCAAGAAAGAGAAGCAGCAAGCAGAGAAGAAAUAUGCACUGGAGACGAUGAUGAAGCUUGAAGAGGAGGCGAGAGACAGCGUCCAGAAGACGAAGGACGCAGAGCGAGCGAGGACCACAGCCGAGCUGGAGGCGUGGCAGCUGAGACAGAGACGAGAAGCUGAGGACGAAGAGGAACUCCGGCGUCAGAGACACGAUCUCAAAGCUCUGACUGAGAAGAAAGAAACUGGAAGGAAUGUUAAAUCAGGUCAAAGUGUCAAAGAGGUGAAGCCUCAGAAGAGACGAGGGGACGUUCCUGCUCCGAGACGCACGGGGAACAUCCAGGUGGUGUUCACCCCUCGAGUGUUUCCAACAGCCCUCAGGGAGUCAAGGGUCGAAGAGGAGGAAGAGUGGCUCAGGAAACAAGCUGAAGCCCGCCGUGCGUUGAAUCCAGAUGUUGACGAGCUGCAGGACCUGAAGGAGGAGGACAGGAACCCGGACUUCUUAAAGGACAAGGGAGAUAAGUACUUUGCGGCCGGGGACUUCCUGAGUGCAGUGAACGUCUACAACCUGGCCAUCCGGCUCAACAGGCAGCUGCCGGCGCUGUUUUCAAACCGAGCCGCGUGUCACCUGAAGCUCCGGAAUCUGCACAAGGCCCUCGAGGACUCCUCCAAGGCUCUGGAUCUGUUGACUCCACCGGUCGCUGCCAACGCUGCAGCCAGGACCCGAGCCCACGUGCGCCGGGGGUCAGCGUUCUGUCAGCUGCAGCUCUACGCCGAAGGACUUCAGGACUACCAAGCUGCUCUGAAGAUCGACCCUCACAACGAGGCGCUGCAGGACGACACACAGAGAAUACGAGACGUCAUCCAGGGAACUGAGGCGCUGUCAGACACAGGUUAAAUAACCAAACCACACUCAUGGUGAUUUCAUCAGAGGAUUUCACCUGCUGCUCAGGAAACAGCUCGACGAGCACAGGAGGAGAAACUCAGAGAUGCUCCAGAAACUCACAAGAGUUUGUAAAAGGAUGAUAUGAUGGUAUCAAAGAAACAAUAUCUAAUAAUCAAUUAAUCCACAGGAACUGAACAGUCACAAGUUUCUCGUCUAUGAUCAGGGGAGAUAACAUAGAAAAUACAUUUGUACAGAAAUGAGUGAGAAGGUUGAAAAUAUUUAUAAUAAAUCUCAGGGGAAACAUCCAGAACGUGAAUAUGAGUUCCCACUCAGUCAGAACGUGUUUGUGGAGAGAAGGAAAAAGUUUGUUAACUAAAAACAUGACUUGUGUAUCUCUGGAGACUCUAUGAGUAUGUGCACAGCGCCCCCAUGUGGUCAAAUGUUGAGAAUAAUAUUCAGUCAUAUUCAGGUGAUUGAUAUUUCUGAGUUUUUGUAAUUUGCUGCAGAUCCAAAUAAAGUGUUGACACGUCCGGGGCCACGUUUAUAGAACAGCAGGAUUCAGGUUUGAUAUCAUAGAUAGGAGCAGGGGCGUAUACACACAAAAUGGGGUCUGAAGGGGGUAAUGGAUCUAAAUGAGGCCCCUGCACAGAAGUAAGUGUUUGUGGUCACCUGACAUCCCUGACCAAUCACGUCCCGUCCCCACAGAACCCUGAGUAACACGCUGGUUUCAGAUUGAGGGGAUUUGGAAAUCGCCGCUUUUCUUUGAAACCACUUUCUGUGCUGUUUUAUUUCACUGUGAGUCUGAAGUGCAAAUUGAGGUCAAGCGCUCAGACCAUCCAGAGGGUCGAGACCCGGUGCCGCUGGGUCAUGGGAAGGAUCGGUUCCUGGAUGGUUCUUGGUGGUUUGGUGCUUUACUCCCACCGGGCAGGUCCAUUAUUAGCUGCUGGUUCCAAUCCUUCUGAAACUCCUUUAACGGGACAUAACACAAAUAUAACAACUCUGAGACACCGGCUUUAAAACCCGGGUCCACAGAAAAGAUCUCAGCAGAUCAGAGCUCAGGUCCCAUGUGACGGUGAAGUGGCACUUGAAGGCGUCGACCACACACCCGGCGCUCAACACCCGGGACACAACUGAAAUCUGUAAACACCCUGAGAAGCCACUAUUCUCCCUUUUUCCCCUUUUUCAUCUUCCACCCAUUUUCUAUUUCUUCUAAUCUCCUCAUCAAAUGUGCCAAAAGCUUCCCAAAGAAUUGCACAUGGAUCCGAUUCAGCGUGGGCAGAAUGGGAUCAUUAAGAGGCUUUGAUUUGCGGCGGAGCGGCAUUGUGGCCGAGCGGUUUGAGUGAAUGAUGCUCGCUGAAUGACUUCUCUCAGCAGCUGAAAGGAAACACAAGUCCAGCGUGCACACGGACAAGCCAGGACGCUCAAGUGUUUUCACAAAAGAUUAAUACGAGUGCUUGGAAAUGAAGCACAUGGAGGCGCUGGAAACUCACACUGAUGACUUCACUAGGCUGAGAGGGCUCGUGAUGAAACGAUUUACAUUCCAUUUGGUUCUAAUGGGCCUCAGAGAGAGGAGGAACCACAGGAACAGGCCCGGUGACACAGUCCGGAGGGAAAGAUCUGGUUCAGCUAGCAGGGCGCUCGGAUCCGGGGGAGUUCCUGACAACAUGUGAGUCCUGUCGCCAAUCACACGCCUCUAAUGACGACAUGAUGUUUCUGCCUCGUCGGAUUGGACGAGCUCUGCUGCUGCCACACAGUUUUUAGUUUGUUCAUGAAAGCCAGAUGUUUUGGUGAAUUGUCUUCUGAAUACUUCUGUCAUUAGAGUUCAGUAAAGAGCAGUGAUGGUUCGUUCAGGUCUGGUUUCUCUGAUUCCUUCUCCUUCAGUUUGUGAAGCCCUGCGCCCUGACUCCAAUCUGGAGUUCAACCUGGAGACUGA